UAUAUUGGAUUAAAUUAAGGAAACAGCUUAAAUGAUAGUUUUGAUUCUGAGCAGCAGGGAGAUAAAGAAUAUGCAGACCUUCAAGGGGAUGAACAAAACAACUUUGAAGGAUUUGUUUAACUCUGGAUUCGAGCACUUCAAGGUCAGCAAAGGGCCGAAUGGGCAUUUCUUGUCCAAAAAAUGCCAGGAAAAGCUGAAGACAAAGUUACCCGCGUCGUCCUACGAGAACGUCAUGGCGUGGGCAGGUGACUGGAUAUCGAAGCUAAAUGGAGAGACUGAAGCUUCUUUGAAAGCAGAAUCGAAACAGACUAACAGUGUAACUGAGCAACCAGCAUCCGAAUCAGUCCAAGCAGCCACAAACAAACCUUCGACUAUCAUCAUUGACCUCUGUAGCGACGACGAUGAAGAUGAAGAGACCUGCGAAAGUCUGGAUAGUUUACUCGACAGCGAAUCCAGCCUGUCGAAAUCUCCGAUAAUCAUCCAUGAUGACGAGCUAGGCGAUAUAGAUUUAAAAGACUACGCAGAUCACGUGGAUGGCAAGCUUGACUUAAAAACUCUUAAGACGCGUACUAUUAAGAACGAAAUUAUUGCUAAAAGAGUAAGCCAGACUGCGAUCGAAGGUCGAUCGAAGGCGAGAGCCAUCCGAUCAAAGCAGAAAGCUAAACAAGACAAGCUCAGCCCGGACAAGGCACAAGAUGAGCCCACCACUCGAGUCCUUUCUGAUCAAUCAAAACUGAAACCCAACGAAACCCAAUGGAUCACCACCACCCCUCACAAGGCACCAAAAGAAACCUCCCUAAGAAUUCGCACUUACCAAAAAAUUAAAAAAGUCGAACAAGACCAGAUCACUACUGGCAAGACACACGAAGAACCCAAAAUAGGAUUCCACAUGGACAAAUCGAAUAUCAGUAUCAAAGAAAAGAUCAGUAUUACCCCUCAAAAGACACAAGAUACGGCGACUAUAAGAGACACCGUUGGCAAGGCCCAGGAUGAACCCAGCAUUGAAGUCCGCUCUGAGCAUUCAAAACUGAAGUCCAGCGAGCACAGCACCAUCACCACUCACAAGGCCCCAAAUGAGACCACCAAAAGAGCCACCUUUGACAAGGCACAGGAAAAACCCACCAUCCUCACUGACCAAUCAAAGCUGAAGCCCAGCGAAAACAGGAUCACCAUCAUCCCUCAGAAGGCACAAGAUAGGCCCACCAUAAGAAUUCGCAGUGACCUAUUACUAAAUAGUAACAUUCCGACACCAUUUGAAAACACUCAAUUAAUUGAUGGGCCUGUGGGCCUACCUGCCAAAUCUCCAGGCUCCACAAGCUCAUCCGGCAAUCGAAAGCGAAAAGAUUGCGAUACAACGCCAGAUAAUGGUCAGAGCUGUGCCAAAAGACCAAAAGCCCUUGAGCUACUUCGUACCCACCCAAGAGUGCAUCUUCAAUUGCCAGCAGUCCAGCUUCUCCUCGAAAAGGUGGCACACUUCGCCGAUGACCAGGGGAAUUCUCAGGCGUUGACGCUUAUUAACCAGCUACUUCACAGCCUCCAGGUGGCCGAGAAAAAGAUCUGUAAUGCAGAGAAUCUCCAAUAGCAUGAUCAACAAAAAGCGCGGACUGUUCGUUUGCCCAGGAGCGCAUCUUUAACGUUAUUUGUUUCGUAGAGAAUAAGAAAUUUGUAGGCUUAAAAACACACGUCCAGUUAUAUACACGGAUAUAUAUAAUAGGAUUUUUUUUUUGAGGCUUUGUUAUAUGUACACGUUUAUUCAACUUGUGAUAUACGCUCGCCUAUUAUCUUUUUUGGGACAUCAUUUUUUUCACAUCAAUUCAAAUCAAAUCAUAGUAAGAAAUUGCACACUGUUUCAUUCUCAUAUUAGUUAUACAAUUU